ACAUUGAUAAAAAGCCGUCUUCAAAACACCAAAACAUUUGUUAGGAGUAUUAUGUGUGUGUUGCUUUAAUUGUAAACUAAAGACCAUAGAUCUCAAUUUCCGGCCAACCAUGGACUUCAAAUGCUUCAAGCUACUAUUAUUGGGCGGUGCCGUACGUCUGUAUUUCAGCCGCACCUCAGUGGCAGCGUUAAUUGGCAAUCGCGUCGAGUUUGCGACUCCAUUAAACUCUUACAAGCGCAUGCAAGAAGGUGUCUUUCUGCUGCAUCAAGGUAUUGAUCCGUAUAGUGGAGACCUAGUACAUGAGACACCCUUGGUCCUAAAGGCUAUAUCAAGUCUUUUCCUCAACUAUGCCGCGUUUCUGCCGUUGCUUUACAUUCUCUGUGAUUUGUGCACUGCCACAUUGCUCUAUUCGAUGAGUCGUAGUUUUGUUGCACAAAAGCUUCAGCAACAGCGGAAAGAAAGCGAGAAUUACGACAAGGAUUCUAUAGAGUUGCAGUACAGUGAAAAAGAUCACUAUGACAUUGCCAAGAUGGUGCUGGUUGCUUAUCUGUUCAAUCCACUGACUGUGAUGAGCUGCAUUGGACUCACAUCGACGGUAUUAAGUAAUCUGCUACUGGCCUCCUUUCUAUGUGCACUUACAAGGCGCCAUCUCUUGGUGUGCCUCGUCCUGUUGGCUUUUGAGACUGUUCGCAGUCUUUACCCUGUAGUGCUCAUUGCACCACUGCUGCUAAUAUUUGCUCGACGCUCUGCCGGCUUGAGCAUUGCUAUAUUCCUUAUGUUCGCCAGCUUCUGCUUGGCAAUUGCCGGAGCCAACUUUUUGGUCAUGAAUAGCUGGAACUUCUUAGACGGCACUCUUGGCUUCAUUUUUUAUUUCCGUGAUUUGCAACCGAAUAUUGGACUCUUUUGGUACUUUUUCACUGAAAUGUUUGAGCACUUCCGCACUAUGUUUCUGAUCACAUUCCAACUGAAUGCCACUGUACUAUAUUUAGUGCCAUUAUCCAUUAAACUGCGUAAGGAACCGAUGCUUCUGGCCACCGUUUUGGUUGCCCUCAUGGCUGUCUUUCGUGCUUAUCCCAGUCUUGGCGAUGUCGGAUUCUAUUUGGCUUUAAUGCCGCUGUGGCGACGUUGUUGGAAAUUCAUGGCCCAUGGCUUUGUGGUCUUCACUUUCUUCUUGGUCACGUUGUCCAUGAUGGGAUCGCUAUGGCAUCUUUGGAUCUAUGCUGGUUCAGCAAACGCCAAUUUUUACUUUGGUGCAACACUGGCCUUUUGCACUGGUCAAAUAUUCCUAAUAACGGAUUUGCUUUUUGCGCAUGUGAAGCGCGAGUUUUGCCUUUACAAUGGGCAGAAGAUAAUGAUUGAUGGCGAGGAAGCGCGGAUACUGCUAGAGUAAUAAGCUGGACAUAAGCACACAUCAAUUAAAAGAAAACAUUUUAUUUAAA